ACUAUGUGAGUGUAAAUGGACAAAAAUGUGUACAUUACCAAGAGGCAACACGGUACCAUAGAAGGUUAAAGGUGCGUCGCCGCGUUCAACCACGAUAUGGCGACAGAUCGCCGUUUAUUAAAACGCUGUGGGAGUGGCCUGAUAGUAUCUUUCAGUCUUAAAGGCACAAAACAUGAUCAAAUUGUAAACAAAUGGGUUACCACGGACAUUUGUGAGGAACAUUUCCUUUAUAUUCCUUUAAAACAGGCUUAUGGCGUUUAAUGGAGAAAUUCAAGUAAGUCGAAAGCUGCUUUAAGUACACAGAGGAUCAAAUCUUGCCCAAAAGUUAUUGUUUUCUGGACUAUGAAAGUGUUACUCCGAUGUGUAAUGUAUGCAAACAGCGCUUAAUUCCUUUAGAAACUCCUUUAUACUGAGCAGAGAGAGCAGAUUGGUUGCUGCACGCCUGCCAAUCUGCAGGUCUGACCGCUGAGAGGAUCGACGCUCAAAAGGAUUAAUCACCGCAACCUUACCAACAAGCCUCUUCCUCUCUGUAAAUCAAUUACAUAACCGUGUUAUACAAUAAACACAUCUCCAGUAAACCGUAAACAGUGACAUGGACUGGGAAAUUUGUCAACACGCCGAGGAAAGAAGCUCAAUUUGGCUCUGAGUAGGUCAUUGGGAGAGUUGAUCCUCCUCUGCUCUCCGCCGCUGCCUCUGACUGCACUGACCGCAGUUAUCAUCUUCCUCCUCCUCCUCCCUCCUCCUCUUCCUUGUGAUCCUGCGGGGAAAUAAAAGCCAAGGUCCAGUCAGAGUCUUGACUGGCUGCAAAAGACGCGCCCACUCCUGGUUGCGCACUUCUUGGAAAAGAAAAGUGCUCCGAUCCAGUUUCUGCUGAGCAUCCAGAGAGCGCUUUUAAUGGGAAGGAUACGGAUGAUCUGCUCCCGAAAUCAAUCAUUCUGAACAAAUAUCCGCCCAGAUAUGGUUAUUCAAAGGAUCUUUCGUGCUGUUAUUAUGGGACCUCCCGGUUCGGGGAAGGGGACAGUGUCUGCGCGCAUUACCAAAAGUUUUGGACUGACACACAUCUCUAGUGGGGACAUUUUGAGAGCCAACAUCAACGCCCAAACCGAGCUCGGUCUGCUGAUGAAGUCCUGCAUUGAUCAGGGUCAGCUGGUACCCGAUGACGUCAUGUCUCGUCUCAUCCUGAGCGACCUGAGAGCGAUGGACCAGAGCAGCUGGCUGCUCGAUGGCUUCCCCCGUACUGUAUCUCAGGCUGAAGCUUUGGAUGAGGCCUACAGUGUGGAUACAGUCAUCAACCUCAAUGUUCCUUUCCAGACCAUCAAACAGAGGCUCACCUCUCGCUGGACUCACUUUCCCAGCGGCAGAGUCUACAACAUCGACUUCAACCCGCCGAAAGUCCCUGGGUUUGAUGAUGUGACAGGGGAGCCUCUGGUGCAGAGGGACGAUGACACACCAGAGACGGUCACACGGAGACUGAAGGCCUAUGAAAACCAGACAGAGCCCGUCUUAGAGUACUACAGGAGUAAAGGUGUGCUAGAGAUCUUCUCUGGGACAGAAACAAACAAGAUCUGGCCGCACGUUGAGGCUUUCCUCCACAAGAAACUCCCCUCAGUCCAACAGAAAGUUGCAUAGAAAGCCAUAGCAGAAAGGCACAAGAAGGGUUAAAGUUUACUGGCAGAAAAAAACUCUGUGUGCGUCGUCCAAUCAGGUGCCGCUUUCUGUGAAACGAGGAGAGCCAUCUGUGUGUGUGUUGUGAGGAGGUUGCUCACACAGUUUAAGUCAGGAAGAGAUAGACUGCAGACACUGUUGGGAAAACUCCACUGUUGCACUGUUUCCACCAUGUCUCUGAGUUUAGUUUGGCAAAUUCUUAAUCCUUAAUCGUUAGAAUUUCCACAGAUUGUAUUUUUAUUUAAUAAUGUGCCUUCAUAAAGCCAAGAGACGCCACUGAAUCAAAUAUCCGGGUCUUUAACAGCAGAAUAUCCAGGUUACAUUCACAAGAAAUGGUGCAAUACAAAGAAAUAGUUAUCAUGGCAAGUCUUUUCUGGUGAAAGCAAGCAGCUAAAGAGUGGAGAUAUUUUUAAAUAUUCUUAUUGUAAUCAUGACUCUUUCGUCAGUGGCAGCCACACUGAAAAGAAUAGAUCCACACAACAGGAUAUUUUGUGAUAAAAAAAGAGACUUUCUGAUUCUCUUUGUUAAAAAUUAUUUGAAAGCAAUAUUGCAUGGGCUUUUUGACCCAGCAUAAAGAAGGUGCACAUAACUGCCUUAUUGGGACUGUUUCUACAGGUAUAAUAAAGUUAAAAUUAAAAUAAUUUUAAUACAAAUAAAUAUAAAAUAUAAUGGAAAAUUUCCACCAGAGCAAAGGUUAGUAAAGCUCAUUUAUGCUCAAAGUGAGAUACAAGACAGAUGGAGUCUUCUGUCUGUGCUCUGCAUUUCAUCCGUAUUUGUGCACAUUUUUUUAAAGCUUACAGAUGUGAAACUGAGCAGUACGACUGCAAAACGUGGGGUACUUCAAGCGAGACAUGACUGUGGGAGAUGACAAAGACAUUUAAAAAUUGCGUAAUGUAACAAAUCGAUAAAAGAAUUCUCUGUCCACAAGUUAUAGUGCAUUUAACGGCUUAACGGACACAAUGCUGCCUCCGUUAAAAGAUGCAUUUUUAUGACCUCCAUCACUGUCUUGUUUGUUGUUGUGUGCAAGUUUUGACUGCUCCCUGUAGUGCCAUCUACUGGCUGUAACUGCCAUCAUAAAGGACUCAUGGAAAUAUGAGGACAGUACCAAUGAUUGAAAUAGACAGAUCUAUUUUAGUACAUAAAGGGAGUGUAAAUGAGGCCUUUAAUGAUACAAUCUAAAUGCAGCAAAAAUAGGGACGUUGCACACUUGCAGGUGAUGUGUUGAAGUUUGUUCCCCAGUUGAAUAGCGCUCCCCUCAUGUUAAUAUGCGUUGCACCCCCUUCCAUGGCAACAGCAGAUGUUCUCAUGGUGACUAUCUCCAUAUCCAAAUUAAUUGGUCUUAAAAUGAAGACCAUUUAAAACUUUAUACAGCCUUAAAUGUGUAUUUAAGGCAUUUUAAGAAAGUUUAAGGACUCAUGACCUCCCUGUUUUUAUACAUUAGGUAAUAAUAAAAGGGAAUUGUGCCACAUUCUUCAAAUAACUGUAAACUCAUUUUGCACUCAGGUGCCUUUUGCUGCUUUUUGAAAACAGGUAGCUCAGUGAAUGUAGUUUUAAAACACGUUUUAUAAACAUAGACCACUGAUUGAAUAAUGUAUAAACCACACUUACUAUAAUGAGUAUUUUAUUAUUAUUUUUUAAUUAAACCAUCAUGUUGUAACAGCUUCUCUUAAACACCUUAGGUCUUAAUAUUCUUUGAAAUAUACCACAAUGUUUCCAUUAAGAAGGCGUUCCAUUUUGUAUAAUGACUUUUGCCAUUUAAUGCCACUUGACAACUGAACACUUAAUUUCUAAAUGUUUUAACUUAGAACAUUUAAAGCACAGUCUGAACAGGGCUAUCAUCUUGUCAGAAGACAUCAUUGCAUUAAAGGUUGAUCAGCAGUUGUUUUUGCACUUAAGUCUUAAUGUUUCACCGUGUUUAAAAAGCCUCGGAGAUGGUAACUUGCCUUGCAAAUGUACUGUAGAUUUAUGGAGUGAAUGUUUCCUGAAUUGUACUGUGUGUUUCUUAAAAACUUGAAAAAAAGCAUAUCUGCUCUUCAUAGACAACUUACAACUGUGUCAUGAGUAUUUAUUUUAAAUCACAAUAAACUUCUGAUACUAGUUGCUGUCUGUAGUAUGUUAUUGUACACCAGAAUAAUAGUUGGAUGGUUGGAUAGUUUUAAUUUGACUGAAUUUGACUCCUGCUUCUAAAACAGACAGUUAAACAGAGAAAUUGUCCUUUUUUUAAAUUCCACACAUAUUUCCUCCUUGUGCCUACAUUACCCACAAUGCAACUUAAUUAGAUAAUAUAAUGCAGAGCUGGUUACAGAGGUCUGUCUGCUCACUUUUUUCUAGCAUAACUCUGGACUCUUUUGUUUCCAAACAUUUUUCAACAGACUUUUUAUGAAUAUAUCAGACUUUUAACAAACAUUGGUACCAGCUGAUAACAUGACACAAACAUUUAGCACUUGAUUUAUAUUUUUCAGUUUCUCAGCUAUAAGAGAAGCCAAAUCUUUAACUAGUUUACUGCAAAUGAGAAAUAUAUCAUUUUGCUAAAGCUCUUGCUUAGCGACUGAGUCGCGACUUAGCAGACCACACAUUUUGUGUUAACCUUUAGAUAAUUUAGAAGUUCAGACACCCCGGGCUGGCCACAGGUUUAGUACACAGCUUAAGCCAUAUGUUUUGAAUAGCAGUUACGGUGGAUGAAAAAAAAAGAAAAAAAGAAAUGCAUUUAAAGGGAUAGUUUGGAUCUUGCAUACAGCAGAUGUCCGUCAGCAUGUGAGCAGUGGGGUCAGCUAUAAAACAUAUUUUAGCCACCUAAAAAAUAUAUAAAUUAUAUAUCAAAAAAGUGUGCCUAUAUGAAGAGUAUUUUCAUCACUUUACCUUACAGUCAAACAGCCUGUUAUGAUGAGGUCACCAUCAGAAAAACAGUAAUUUAAGCUCGCUGAACACAGACACUGUUGAUCCACCGCUGCCUCCGUUCAGCCCCUUCUGGAUUUGGGGGGCUGCCUUUAUGAUUGUUGCAGUCUGAAAUGCCCAAUUUCACAGUAGAUUAUUUAUUUAUUUUUUUAAUGGUGCAAGUUAUAUUUUAGGCAUUUUUUCUAUCAUGAUAAGAAUUUUGUUGGGUUUUUUGUGAUACAGCCGAUAACAUAAACUAACCAACUGAGGCAGCAAAAGACCUGCUGAAAUUACUAUUUAUCUCAAUGGAGUCUGACUUUAAAGAGACCAAUACCAUGACUUCAAUUCCCUGUCAGAAACUGCUGUAUGAUAGCAAGGUAAAGUGAUGGAAACACUCAAAAUAUUGCAUACACUUAAACUGAUACUGAUUUUGAAGGCAGACCUUUUUUUUGGUGUCUAAAAUCCGUUUGUCGUUUGCUGUCAGCAGCAGUACAUUGCUUAGCUUCUGUGUUGGAGAUCCUGCCUGCUUCUUCAAAAUGGAGACCUGUAACAGCUACUGAAUGUUUUACUCUGACGAGAGGUUAAGUAUUUCAUAUAAUGCCUUUUCAAAAAUCCAAACUAUCCCUUUAAGAAUACUACAGCACAUCCUUUUAGCUUCACUGCUUAAAACACCUCUGUUCAUGUUUUUAAGAUACUUCUUGUACGUGCACUUUAAGCAAACCAGCACUGCAGAACCAACAAUGCAUCACACAGCAGCUUGAAGUCAUAAACACGUGUAUUGUACUUUAAUGCAUCAUGUGGUAUCUUAAAUUCCAGUCUGUGAUAAAAAUCUCACUGAUUGUGUUGCUGAGCAGAUUUUCACACUGAUUUUGGCUGUUUGUUAAAUAAAGGAGAUUAUUGUCGAGGGGGGCAGUUAACUGGAAGCCUGACAAAUGUGGCAAAAGCUGCCUUGAACACAUUAAAAAAAAGUCAGCAAAUAACAGAAUACAAAGCAAAAAUGUCACAACUCAAAAAACACAAGCUCAUCUAAAGCCUGCCUGUAAAAUAAAGACAGUUUCUGAUUCUGGAUGGCUGGGAACACAAAAAAAACAGUGGAAAAAACAAAACAAAAAUACGGCAUGAUGAAGAAUAAUAAAGUCAAGUGCUUUAAACAAUCCACCUCAGCCUCUCGGAGAAAUAUAAAGUGCAGGACACAUUCAGAUGCAGGGUUCCUUUCUGCAUACAGACUAACAGCAAAAGUCUCUUUGUGGAGAGUUCAGCCCUUUUUUUCCCGCCCCUCCAGACCAGAGCUCCCUCUCUCAGGUGUAGAGCCCAGCAUCAUGAACUUUAACCUCUGACUUCAGUCCGCACAGAGCACUUGUAUGAGGAAGCUGGUGGUUUUCAUUCUGUUUUAGGGACUGGGUACAGAUGGCAAGCUGGUAAAGACAAUAUAAGCUAGUUUUCUGAACUGGACCAGAAAUAAAUAAAUACACAAAGCCCAAGCAGAAAAAAACUUCUCAGAUCCAUCACCUGUGUGUCAGUUAAAAUUUAGGCCUUGAUUAUGUGAAUGCCUGGAAAAAUAAAGUCAUAGGAGGAGGAGGAGUGCAAUUCAGGUGAUAAAUAACAACCAACUAAACUGACAAAUGUUGUGCCCUCUUUACACCUUACAUUACUGCGCCUCUUGCCUCCAGAUAACACCUGGAUAAAGAUAAUUCACAUUUACACCUAGGUUAUUUGUCAUAUCCUCUCAAAACUAGGCUGACUGCUCCUCUAAAGGUAAUCAUGUGAUAAAUGCUGAGAUGUUACAUCGUCUCACAUGCUCUGAAGCAUGCACUAUUGUCUUUAGCUCAUUACCAGUCUUAUGUUAAGCUGCUUAAAUAAAUAAGCAACUAACGAUUGCUCUGAAAUGCUGAAUCAUUUCUGUCACAGAGCAGGGCAUUAUAUGAGCAAACAAUUAAUCAUCUACUGGUUUUGUAUUUGGACUGGAAAUUCAACUGAUUUUCCACUAUGCAAUGCAUUGUGUAUAUUGGUUGGAUUCAUGUUUCUCUGCACAGACGGAUGAAAUCUGCAUGUUGAUAGCAGAUGUAAAGGAGGUAGUCUCAUUACUAUGCAUUUUAAUGGUUCCUUUAAGCCUCUCCAGACAACACCAGGAAUACUUUAUUUUUAGAAAACCUGAAAGGUGCUGUAUAUGAUAUUCAGAGCAUUUAUAUAGCAGCAAACAACUGUUUCCUUUGUAAAAGUGUAGGGCAGUAAUGGCGACCUGAGCAGAGAUCGAAGCUCCCUGUGUGUGUGUUGUAAUCUGAGCUUCUCAGUCUGGCUGCAUGUACAUGUGAGUUUUUGUGUGUGUAUAUCCCACUGGCUAUCCAAUCCCCACCAAUCCGCACUGCGCUCAUGUGCCAGUUACUGCUAAUGAUGAUGACUGCUCAACCCACAGUGAUCAAAAUCACUAUCACAGAAGCAUAAUGCCCACCCUCCAGUCUGCCCCAGGUUAAAACCGUGAGCUCUGCAGUGGUAGUUAGGGCUGGGUAUUGGUACUCGAUAGUGUUAAAAUAUCAACUGAAUUAAUCCAGUACGAAGUACAAACCAAACAUCUCAAAUUAGCAAAUACCUGCAUUUGAUCCUUUUUUUAAAAUCCAGAUUCUAGAGAAAAAUGACUACCGUAAUACUUCAAAUAAAAGCCCAGUCCCAAUUACAUGCCCAGUCCCUUUCACUAGCUCGGUGUGGCUACACAUUUUGGCCAUGAACACCAAAGAAGAUAAUAUUACCAGAA